GAAUGAAAACAAUGGAAAUUCCUAGACCAGGAAGAUAAACAAAAAAAUCACUUUUUUGACAUCAUUUUUUGCGACUGUCAACAAAAAAAUUGUUUUUAAUUUACAAAAACAAACGCUAACCAUUACUUGCUGUGUUCAUUGACACCUGUCAUCUUGCAUAGUGCAAAUGAGGGAUGGAGAGAGUGGUUUUAUUAUCAAGAGAUGAAGCAGUGAAGAACCAGGUUGACAAUAUAAAGAAGAAGUUUGAGGAAAAAUACCACACUUGUAGAGCAUUUAGAGUAGAAUGUCUCACAGAUUAUUUUAAAUCUGGAAGGGUUGUGUUUAUUAAGUAUGAAAUCAAAGAGAAGGAAAUCCAAGAUUUCUUAGAUGACAUCACGGAGGACCAGCCAUUUACUCUACACGAUCUAACCACAGACAAUGUAUCCCACAUUGCCACACAGAUAUGGGAACUUCCUCUGGUGAAGCGCAAACCUACAGAAUCAGAUGAAAUUAAUGGAGGCGUGUCCUCCCAGGCAGGAACAUCACUAGAAAUAUCCGCCAACAAACUCAGCAGUGACGAAUGGAAUUCGGUAGAUAAAGACUCCAUUUACAGAGACAACUUUACCAGACAAACAAGUACAUCCUGUGAUCCCCAGGAAUCCCACAAUUCCUUUAGAGACAGUAUUAAAUCCCAGGAUUCUGAGGACUCUGGGACAUCCCUGUCCAGCAGUGGGAAGGAUGGGACAGUCAGAAUGGCUGAGGAUUUCCCUACAACAGAAAAUGCUAAUUUAAUGGUGGAAAAAUUAAGCACCAAAUUACGGGUAGUUUUACCAACUGAAGAUGGAAAAGCCAUUCCAAGAAACAGAGAUUGUCUACAAAAAGAUAGAUCUCCCUCUUCUCUCCCUGAGGUAUUGGCUACAGAUGACCACAAAAGAAGAGGACAGAGCAUUGGUCUCCAGAUACCUGGCACACAGUGCUUAGCAAUAUCAGACAACAACCAAAAGUUCCAUUCAGUGCCUUGUGUGACACACCCGAGGGUAAAGCAAAGCAGUGUAGAGAUUACCCUGCCUGUGGAAAAUAACAGUGUAGAGAGAAAACACGUCCCUUGCAGCCUAAAUGAUAAUGAUGAUUUGCAAGUUGGCCAUAGCCCCCUUCAGAAUGUUUUGAUGGUGAGAGAGAGUCCUAGGCAGGAGGACUCAUUGAAUCAGCUUCAAUCUACACCAAGUCCACAGGCCCCAGGUCAGCUUCCAAUAUCUAGCCCCAGUGUUGCCUUAACUGAAAGCUCCCACACAUUGUCUUAUUCCAAUCUACCAGUCCCAAUGCAAGAGUCUUGCAAUUUGGGAGAGAGAGAGGCUAGUAAUGACAGAGCAAUGUAUUUUGAAUCCUGCCAAAGGGUAACUGAACAAGAUUCUCAGUUGAGUUAUGCUACUUCCUACCAGCAGGCAUACUGCUCAAUUCGCUGUCAGAAAUGUAACCAAACAAAAGAUAAUGUUAGGCUAUUCAGCAUUGUUCCUCAUCAAACUGGCCUGGCAUCACCUACAUCAGUCCCACUUUGUUUCAGUAUUCCAAGUUCUUCUGGUCCAGAGGCAAUGACAUUUUCCUACUCUUUGUGUCAUGAAUGUAGUCAAGAUUUGCCUUUCAUUCCCAUCAGGCAGAACUCUUUUUCCAGUACAUAUGGAACCCUUGACAGUUCCAACUUGUUCCCUCCUGCUCUACAGCAUUCAUUACCUGACUCUAAAAUGGCACAGCAAGUACAUCCAAUUCAUACAUCAAACCUUGAAAAGGGCUCAGAGCCACAUCUGCAAAGAGAUGCCAUAUCGAGACAUCAGAGUUCCCCUUCGAGGUUGAACUACUUCCAUCAACAACCUACUAAUAACUUUGGUCAACCAGAGUUUAGACGCGAAAUUUUGGAUUUGGAUCAGAGAAUGAGAGAUUUCCCAGUCCCAACAUUCCAGAGAAAUAUACCUGUAAACUCAACUGGAACUCAACAAUCAAACACAGACAACACAAAGGUUAACACAAUCAACAAUUGUCCACCAUUAUCAGGAAUUCCAAGCUUUCAGAACACCCCACGUAAAAGUUUCCCAAGCCAUCCCGUAAACCACAGACCUUUCCAGAGGCAAGGCCAGAACUCCUGCUCCUGUCCCACUCUACAGAAUCCACUUUCCAUUGGUGGAGCUUCAUCAGGAAUGCCAGCAAAACCAUACAACAAACCAGAUGGCAAUGAUUGUGCUGCUGGAGCUUCUGAUGCAUGUGGUAAUUAUGAUCACCUUCCUUUGAUGGACCUGAGUCACAUUGUCAUAGAGUACAUACAGUCACAACUCGACUUUGCUGGAAGCAGCUUGAACUGGGAGAGACUAGCUCAUCUUCAUGGCUGGAACUUUGGAAUGAUUUACACCAUCAAGCAAAAAUGGCAGAAGAGAGUGAUUGAAAGUCCAUUCUUGGAGCUGAUUCAAAAUUCAAAGAAUUUUCAGAAUUACACCCUUGGCCAGCUGAAAUUGGAUUUAGAAAAAAUUCCUAGGAAAGAUAUUUUGGAAAAACUGCGAGACUUUGAAGAAAAGGAAGAACUUGUUGUAUAAAUAAAAUACACAGUUUUGUGAUCAGUCAUUUUUGAAAUUUUAGAGUACAGUUUAUGUUGAGAAACCUUUGUUUUCCUUGACAUACUUUUCAUCAAGGAAUUGAAGAGAUCUUGUUAUGGAUUUAUUUUAUUUCUUUUCAUAUUUGUGAAGUUAUUUCAUUUCAUUCAAGAAAUGAAGUCAAACUGUUUUUUUUCAAUUUUUUUGAAAUUUUGAUUACAUUACAUCUAGAAAAUGGCAUGAUAUUUCAGGCUUCACAUAUAAUUGCAUUCAAAACUUCAUUAAUAUGUUGAUAGCUCAAUUUUCUGAUUAUUUUGUGUCCAAAUGUAAAACAUUAUUUGUGUACAAUGCUACAUUCCUUGUGUAUGAAUCAGAUUUUUAACCAUAUAAAUUAAGUUUAUUUUUAUGCUGAUCCCAGGGUAUACUAGUAUUGCUUUUGUCCUGUCUGUCUGUCUGUUGUCAACUUUAACCUAGCUAGCCCAUAACUAUUGAGUGAGUGGGGCUAUGGCUUUCAUUUUUCACAGGUGUAUUCCUUGUGACAAGACCUUUCUUUGGAUACCACCAAAUUUGACCUCUUGACCUUGAAGUUUGACCUACUUUUACAAAAAAAAAUACCACACUUUAACCUUGGUCGUAACUUUUGAACAAUUGGAGCUUUGGCUUUCAUACUUCACUAGUGUAUAUAUUGUGACAAGACCUUUCAUCUGGUAUAAAUAUUUUUGGACAUUGACCUCAGAGUUUAACCAAAUUUUUAAAAACUUUAACCUUGGUCAUAACUUUCUGGGACUUUCAUUUUUCACAGGUGUAUUUCUUGUAACAAGACCUUUCUUUGGGUAUCUACACUUUUUGACCUUGACCUUUGGAGUUUGCGUGCAUUUUAGAGAAUAUGACCCUCACCAUGGCCUACCAUACAGGGGCAUCUGUGUUUUAAAACACAUCUUGUUUAUUUACUUGGUAAACUUGGCAUUUUUACCAUGGACUGAUUUCAAAAUGUUUUUAUAUAUGUUAUGUAAAUAAUUAGAUAUAUAAUAAGAACUUUUGCAAACCAAGUUUUAGAUACAUGUCUCUAGGAAUACUUAAAUUCUUCCCAUAUAUUUAUAACAUAUCUUUGAAGACUUUUUUUAAAUACAAAAAUUGGGAUAAAGAUUGCUUAUCAAACCCUGAAUUAAGGUCAUUCCACAAGGUCAAGAUCACAGGUUUAGAAUUCUCUUGUGGGCAUUAUAAGAUUAUAAAUGCAGGUUAUUAUACAGUUCAUAUAAGACAAAAAGAUUGUUCUUGACCAGAUGAAAUGUAAAAUCUUGUCUAUGGCAUAAUUGACCUUUAACUACGGGUUUUGCAGCAUCCUUGCAAUGUCAGGAGUCCUGAGUCAACUUGUUGCUGUGGGGACCCCUUGCAAAUUUCAUUCAAUAUUUUAGGGUUUGCUUCUCUCAAUGAGCAGCACCAAUCAAAUUGCAUCUUUUUUGGAUAGUUAGAUGUAAUGAAUAGUUAGUUAAUGUAAACAGAAAAUUUCAGUUGACACCUGAAAUGCACAUUACAAGUUGUUUAUCAUAGAAUGAUGUAAUGUGAUUGGUUGAGAGAUAAGAAAAAUAAAUCAAGAUUUGUCAUUUUCUUGGAAGGCAUCACUAUCAACAGCCCAUGACCUAUUGACUGGACAUGGCCAAGGGUCCAGCUGCAACUUGUUGACGUAGGACCCAGGCAUUGCAAGAAUGGUUUUUGCAGAAAUUCUUACUUGAUCUACAGAUUGAUUAUCUUAAGAAUUUGCAUCAGCAUUCUAAAGUACAUGUAAGGUCAUUAGAGCAAGGUCAAAAUUAAAAGUACAGGUCAUGCCAAUUCUUGUACGUGUAAUUUUCUUGCUUUUGUAAUAGAACUGUUGUAGUUUAUACUUUUUACUUUAAUUUCCUUUGUAUAAUGUUCAAAGGAAUUCAAGAGAAAAAAUUUACCUGGUAAACAGUAUUCUUAAUUCUAAAUUAAAAUCACUUAGCAAAGCAAUAUACAAUCCAUGUGUAAUAUUUGUUCAUGCAUUCACUACAAGAGAGAAAAAAAUCUAUUUUUUAUAUAUAUUGGUGUUGAUGAGUUUAUAAUGCAAUUUAUUUUUUACAAGUUUUAGAUUAUGAACAUUUUUUUUUAUGAGAUUGAAAACAUCUGGCAACAUUCAGAUAUGUACAUUUCAAAUUUAAUAAAAUCAUAAAUAAUAAAA